CUGAAGUCAUCAGUUAUUGAACGAGAGCGUGCUUGGCUCAGUGGACAGAGCAGAGAGAGAGAGAGAGAGAGAGACAGAAAGAGAGAGAGAGUUGCUCAACCGUGAGGCUUUGAGCUAUCGAGAUUGCGUCAGUAAUAUAAAAACGCGAGAGAGGUUAUUGUACUGUUUCAUACCGACUUUGCGUGAAAGUUGUUGGAGCUGGCUGGAGCGCGCGCGCGCGAUGCCGCUGAAUCGUGGACCAUCACCACCUCUUGCUCUUCUACGCCGCGCGCAAUAAAGUGUGCUUCUCCACACCUGGACGCGACGUGCGGGGAAUUACAGCGCAGAGGAUAAUCGCACACCUUUUUACGCACGUAACCACUUUUUUAUGCCUGGCUUUUCCUAAGAGGAGUACUGGCCUUUCGUGCACGUGCUGUGAGUAGCAGUCCCGGGAUACCUCCGUGACCGCGCGGGUGCUUCUGUAUCUCGUCUCAUUCAUCCCCAAACUCCCGCAGACCAGACCACCCCACUCCAUCCCCCGCCACUCAGCGGGCCGCAUGCGGACUGCUCCCAGGAUGUUACUGCCCGCACGGCCCGGGGCUCAUCGGGCCACCAACAGAAGCUGUCCCGAGCAGAGCCGGGGUUCGCGCGCGCUGUAGGAAGCGCGUGCACAGGUCCACCGUUAACGUGGGACGUUGACGAGCAGAAAAAAGUGAAAGAAAGAGAGAGAGAGAGAGAGAGAGAGACACCGAGAGUAUCAUCCGCAACCCACCCAUCCAUCACUCCCUCCCUCCCCCAUAAAAAAACACCCACCAACCCUAACCCCAGGUUACUAUGCAAUUGCAACAACUGAUCUCCCUGGUUCUAAUCUUGCACUGGAUGGAGGACGCGGACUGUCAGCAUCACGCCUCCAAGCACCGGCAGCACAAACGAGGGAGUCCAGGCUGCCCAGUAGGCUGUCUGACGUGCUCGGUUUACAACGGCUGCCUCACAUGCCAGCCCAAGCUCUUUAUUCACCUGCAGAGGGAUGCCAUCCGGCAGACCGGUGUAUGUUUGCCUUCCUGCCCUAAAGGGUUCUUCGGCACCCGCUCCCCCGAAAAAAAUGAUUGUUCGAAGUGUGGGUCCGAGUGUGAAACCUGCUUCGACAAGAACUUCUGCACGCGCUGCAAAGUGGGCUCAUAUCUACACAAGGGGAAAUGCCAAGCGAGCUGCCCUGAUGAGCUAGUACCCAGCGAUGCCAAAAGGGAAUGUGUCCCUCGUGUUGCAGCAUGUCCAGCGGACUGUGACUCCUGCUUAAACAGUGACACCUGCACGAGAUGUAUGCCAGGGCACUACCUGCUGCGAGGCCAGUGUUACAGUGUGUGCCCUGAAGAGUUCGAGCCCAACGAGCAGCUGAUGGAGUGUGUCCCUUCAGUGCCCUGUGAGGUGGGAGAAUGGAGCGAAUGGGGUCCAUGCUUACGAAUAUUGAAAACCUGCCUCAGAGAAGAAACACGUACCCGAAAAAUUGUACAGAACCCUAGCCCCCAGGGCAAUCCCUGCCCAGCAACUUCAGAAAAGAGGGAAUGCUUUACUAAAAGAAAAAAAUGUGGAAAGAAAGACAAAGGCUCGCGUAACAGAGACCAGAAGAAUCGCAACAAUCGGAAGGGAAGUGCAGAGGGCAGCAAAGAGCGGAAGAGAAAGCGAGAGAGGGAGAUGGGCAACAGAGAGGAGGCCGAAAACAGAAACAAAACAGAACAGCGACGCAAACGGGCCCAGAGCAGAGACCCUCAACCAGUAUAAAGAGAAGCUGCACAAUGGUCCCUCUCCAGUAACACACCCUUAUUCCUCCCACCACUCGGCCCCUUUACCCCUCGCUGUGGGGGGUGCUGCUGCUACCUGUGUAAUUUAAUGUAUACUGUAUAUGCACAAGAGAGAGGAGGCACUGGUUGGUUGAGAGACCCUGAAAAGAGUGGCUAAAAAUAAACAUUUCCUCCUUUUGCUCCCCACUGCCCUCAAAGGGCAACUAUAGCUCCUUCUAUAGCCACAAAGAGGGCAGGGCCUGGCAUGGGCUUGGACUGAUACUGAACUCUACAGAGUGGAGCGAUACCUGAAAUGGACAGAUAGUCAGAUGACCUCAUAAGUCAGAAUAUAUGCUGCCUAAGUACAGCAUCGCUUCAUGGUUUGAAUGUAGGUUUGUGUGACAUUAUGUAGAGUUGCUGUUGUAUAAACGUCUAUAUAUAUAUAUUUACAGGCAAUGUCGACACUGCCAGCAAGCAUGCUCAUCAUUUAAUUUUCGUAGCUGCGGAGUACGUAAAUUAAAAGCGAGUAUGUUUGCGGACAUCGUGGGUAUUGCCUGCUCAUACAGCUAUGACUGCAUGGUACUGGACUGGUGUAAAUGUACCAGACAAGAGGACAGGCUGUCAUUAUACAGGAUGAAGAGGUAAUGGUUCUCCCUGCAAUGUUUUAUUCAUGGUACAUAUCUUUGUUCAGUGUCCUCAGAACAAAGGGUAAGUUCUAUCUGUCUAUAAUUACAGAAUCUGAGCUUUCAAUUAAGCCAUCUGAUCAGAAAUCAAAUGCACCUGUAUGUCCAAUAAAUAAUGUUGUUUGUA